AACAGGAAAAAAAACCCACAGAACAAACUUGAUUCAGUUUUCGGUUUAGAUGAUAAGCGUUUAUGAGCGCAGUGGCUGAAGCUGAUUGGGCGGCUGCAGAAAAAGGAAGUAAAAACCAUGUUAUGUUGUUUUCCAGCGGAAACCAAAGAAAACGCAGGUCAUUUGUCGACAAUGUGAGACACUCAACGUCAAGAGAGACAUAAAGUGAACAUAUCAUCCACACAGAUCAAAGAUCGCUGCAAAGUGACCGAAAUGGAUCAUGCACGAGCGCAGGACACUCAGCAAAACAAGGGCUCCAUGUUGCGGCACAGGGAACACAGUGAUGAUUCUGUCGACAAGAGGCCCACUGACAGCUCUGCAUCUCCCACUCAGGAUGAGAAGAGGCUGAUCAGGAGAGUGCGCAGUCCAUCCAGACCGAGAGCAUGGCUGUCCAGCUCUUACAAACCGAAGUUUGGAGGACGGUUCUACAAACCUCGGUUUUCAAGGGAUGACCACUCAUUCUACAAACCAGGCUUCAGCCACCACAAGUAUCACCACUUCAACCCCCAGGGUUACUUCCACAGGAGAGAUCAUUUCCAGCCUAAACUUCACCACAUUGCACUGAGAGAGCGUGAGCGGGAGAAGGAGAAGGAGCGGUACGAGCCGAGGGAGAGCUCUGAAGGAAGUUCACCUCCAAAACCAAGCACCACCAGACCUUUCUUACCCAGAUCCACUUCCAGCAGAGACAAGGACACAGCGUUCAUCGUUUGUCAGAGCGACAGGAACCAAAGCAGGGAGAGAGACCACAGGGGGACCAAGAGCAAAGAAAGGGAACGAAGCAGAGACAGGGAGCUCCCUUCAACUGCCAGCCAGACGGCAACACGAGACCGAGCCAUCCAACAGAAGAGGAGGGAGAUAGAUGAGGUGUACUAUCAGGAAUGUGAAAUGUUUGGCCUUGUGGCAAAGAUGCUGAUAGCAAAGGAUCCGACCCUGGAGCGCCCCAUCCAGGCUGCGCUGCAAGAGAACCUCAGGGACAUCGGCAAGCGCUGCGUGGAGGGAAUGGAGAAAUUUAUCGAGGACUAUGACUCCAGAGAGCUGUCUCACUAAUCAGAGACACACAGGCUUCCUGCCACUGUUACUACUGGUAAAAGUGUGUUUUUUUAUUCCAUGUGAUUGUUGUUUGUUUUUGUGUUUGUCAGUUGAAGUAUUAAGCUCGCACAUUCUUGUCUGCUGCCUGGAUGGAGUCCCCCCUCUGUUAUCUGCUCGGCCUUAUGGUGAGAAGCACUGUUGAAAUAAUGAAAGGUAAAAUCUAAUUGUGAUUUUGAUAUUUUGAUGGAGCUUCUAAUUUUGAAAUUUUAAUGACUGUGAUGAAAAUGCACCAGUUGUAUUGCUUUAAGUGUCCUUAUGAAGAAGUCAAAACUGUAUUUUGACCUCCGACCUACAUGCUUAAUUUAUUUUCACUUGCAUUCAAUGAUUAAAUUUUGUUUACAGCAUAUUACAUGUUAUUAAUAUUUUCAGUGAUUUAUUUGGGCUAUAUGGAGAAGACAGAAUCUAGUUAUUGCAAGAAAUACAUUAAAGGUCUAGUGCAGGGUUACUCAUCUUGCUUUGAUCGGGGGCCACUUAUGCCAAAUGACAGGAGUUUCAAUGAUAAACCAUCAAUAAUUGAUAUAUAAAUAAUUAGCCAAGACCUCUGUCAGAGGGCCCAGGGAAUCCUCCCUGGCACAUCUUGUUUUGUAAAAACAAGUUCUAUUUUCAUGCAUUUUUAAUGCACCCUGGCACCUUAUUUAUACUCAAAGCACAACAAUUACUAGUGUGAAUACAUCUAUUUCUAUUGUGAAUUAGAAAAUGGGUGGUGGGCCACCCAUCACGGACCAAAUCUGGUCUGUGGGUGGUAAUUUGAGUAUCUCUGGUCUAGUGUGUAGGAUUUAGUGGCAUCUAGUGGUGAGGUUACACACUUCUCUUGUAUGCCAAGUGUGUAGGAUAGCUGUGGUGGCUGACGCAAAAACGCCUCAUCAAGAGUCACUAUUUGAUUUGUCCAUUUUGGGCUACUGUAGGACAACAUGGUGGACUCUAUGGAAGAGGACCUGCUCCCCUGUGUAGAUAUAAACCGCUCAAUCUAAGGUAACAAUUUUCAGGAAAUUAUAAACUAAUGAAAACAUAGUUAUGAAUAGUAUAUACUUUUCCUGCUAAUAGAUGCCCCAAAAUCCUACUCACUGGACCUUUUAUCGGUCAGUGGGUGAGUGGGCCACACAUUUUUGUAGAGUCAGUAAAAAGUGCUGUUAAUGUUUGAACUAAAAUAAAGAUAAACGAAUCUAAAAAAAAGUCAUAGCAUGGAGUCAGGCCACCACGAGCCUCCAGAACAGCUUCAGUACUCUUUGCCAAGUAUGUGGAGCUCUGUUGGAGUUCUCACAAGAUAUUCAUGUAUAUAUGCAACCUUUCUUUAAGCAAGUAAUCUCAGUGUUAUCAAGAUCUUGUAUGCAAAUAAACAGUCAGACAUAACAAAAGGACAUAAAACAUCACAGACGGUCACAGACAUCACUUAAUCGAUUUUACAUGUUAUAUCAUUUGGUCUCAUGGAGAUGGUGGUGAGAGCGUUGUCUUACAUGUUGGCCUAAAUCUUACAUAGCUGCUCAGCUAGGUUGAGAUUUGGUGACUGUAAAGGCUGUAGAACUUAAAUAACGUCCUUUUCAAAACUAAAAAAAACAUUCAGUGGGCCCUGAUACAUGGAAGCAUCUGCAUUUGAUAUGUUUCUGCACAGUUUCAUUUCUUCAAUUUGUCCCCUUUCUGUAAAUAAGCACAGCUGACAUUGGUCUAUCAUAGAAUUAUUGAUAUUAGUGUAAAUAUCAGCUGAUAUAUACCAAGAAAUUUCAGUCCAGUAUUGUUAAAGAUCAUUUUAAUCUAAUUAUUAAAGAGACACACUGAUUUUACACAUGAAGGUCAGUUUAUUCAUCAUGAGGAAUCACACUUGGCCCAUGAAAACUCCUAAAACCUUGCACCUCUUAGCAUUCACAAGUGCACUGGUGUGCAAAGUCAUCCACUGCACCAAAUUUUCACAGAGUUUAUGACCAAAUACCUGCAAAACUAAUGACAUUCCCAUCAGCCUCAGCUGUGCUUUGUGGUUAGUGCUUUUUGCGCCUGCGAGCAGCCUCUCGAUUUCCCUUGAGCAUUGAAUUGUGUGGGACAAUAGACCAUUUUUACAGCAGACAUUUUGGCACAUCAUGGUAGGGAAAGCAGCAGGUGUAAUUGAUCAAAUUAAAAAUGACUGCAUUCCAUUUAGUUGAGCCAGUUCCAGGGUCCUGGUAUUGUGUAUGCUGGCUCACUGGGACACCUGAUGGAACAGAGCCAUUGUUGAUAAAAUGUGUAUCUCCUGUGCUGUUGCUGCCAUGACAAGGCAAAAUGUCUGUUGUGAAGAUAUCUAUAGUUUAUAAUGUCAAGGUGACUUUUUCUAGUUACCUUUUCCCCAGUG